GCUAUCCCUAUUUUUUUUUUUUACGCGUAAACAAAUAUAAGGAAUGUCUAACUGGCAAACUGCAAGCGCAAAUCAAUGGAAUGGCGUUCAUUCUGAAUACUCGGACGAAGACGAGUACUCUGAUGACUCUGAAUACGCUCCUAUUGAAGCCACAAGUUGGGGUAAUCAAACUAUUUCAGCAGAUGGUACAACCAAUGUCAACUUGACUGUUAGUGGUUGGGAAUCUUUAAUUGAUCCUAAUAUCAAGGUAAAAGAAGGUGGUAUUGGUAGUGGUCAGCUUCAUCGUAAAGGCAGAAACUUUCAACCUAUCGACGAACAAUACAUCAUUGACAGACGUUUGGGUAAACCUGUUCCAAGCACAAGUGGUAAGAAAAAGAAGGGUGGAAAGAAGGGUCCUAAACCACCAUCAAGCGCUCCUCCAACCCCUAAGAGAAGACCCCCACCAUCUUCUUCAUUGAAACCCCCUUCUUCCUCAGCUUAUCGUGGAAGAGAAGCUAUCGUUUCUGGUCCCUGGGCUUCUACUGAACUUACUUCUACACCCUUCUGGGAAUCACCUUCUAGUGAUGCCAAUGGAACAGGUGCUUCCAAAUAUGCUCCUACUUCUGCUUCUACUCCUGUUACCCCUACUCGAAGUCAACCAUCACAAUGGAGUCAACCUCAACAGAAAACUCAAGCACCACCACCACCAUCACAACAACAACAACAACAACAAUCACAAUCACAAUCACAACGGCAGCAUCCUACUCCACAACAAUCACAAUGGCAGCCUCCUGCUCAACAACAACCACCAGCACCCGCUGUUCCUCCUCAAAAUAGAUCUGGAUUCACCAAGACAUCUUCUGGAUCUGCAGCUUCUAAAUAUGCCUCUUCCUCCGCAGUUGCAUCUGUUGCCCCUCCUAGCCAAUCUCAAUGGAAUCAACCUCAACAGCAACCUCAACAACAGCCUGAAAAACACACUCAACAACCUCCUCUCAUUCACCAUCGUCUUGAUACACCAUGUGUUAACUUUAACAUUGAAUUGACACAAGGCAUUCAUGCUAAUUUGGCUGUGUAUGCCAAUGAUGAUCCUAUGGAAGUUGUUCAACGUUUCGAAAAAGAGCACCAUUUGGUCAUGUCCGAAGGUGCUAAACAAAACUUCUGUCGAACUGUCACAAGUUAUUUGGCACAUUAUAGAUCUCAACCUGUCUAAAAAAAAUAACUUUAAAUGAAAAAUGAAAAAGCUUGCUUGUAUUACCAUUUCUUUUAAAGCGCGUGUUGCACAAGUAAAAGGGACUGUUGAAAAAAAAGAGACGCGUAAAAAAAACGCGCGCUAUCGGAUAAGUAAAAAUUUAC